AUUUUUAAUUAAAAUUUAAACUCUCUAAAAAAUCCUUCUUCUCCUUAGUUCACAGAAUGAGCGAAUCAGAGAGAAGAGAAGGGAACGGCGACAAAACCCUAAGUUCUCCACCGCCGGUUCCACUGCCGUUGCAGUCGUCGGUUCCGCCGCCGUUGCAGUCGCCGGUUCCACCGCCAUUUUUGCCACAGUUGUUGCGGGAAGCUUCUCAAUCGAGCCACCUCCUUUAUAUCAACAUUAUGGUUUCAGAUCUAUUUGCUCUGUAGCUACGGUUGUCGCUGCAGUUUCUGCUGCCGUUGCUGCCGCAGUUUCUGCCAUCGUUGCCGCGUCGAAAGCUUCUGAAUCGAGCCACUGUUUCAGAUCUGUUUUCUCCUUCGAGCUGUCGCUGGCACUUCCUAUUUACCUUGAUAAAAUUUUUCAUCCUGUUGUUGCUAUUAUUUUAUCAGUAACUUUUGUUCCAGCUUUUGGAGAGGUUAUCCCUCAAGCUAUAUGCUCAAGAUAUAGACUCUAUAUUGGUUCAAAUUUUGUGGGACUUGUACGUCUGCUGAUGAUAAUUUGUUUUCCAAUUGCAUAUCCUAUUGGAAAGAUUGAUAUUCCCACUUCAGCCCUUUGUUUCUGGUCACUUAUAGAAGCUUCUUCGGGCUUGCCUGAACAUGAAUGGGAGGGAACAGCGUUGGUGGUCCUCGUCGGACUUGUCGCGAUCCUGAAAUUGGUCAAAGGAAACUUAGCUGAUCACAAGUUCCUCUUCCUUGGGGCUGGAGAGGUGAAAGAAGUGGAUAUUGAUGCUUAUGCUCUAAAGGAUCUGCUAAUUAUAACAACAGGUUCUCGAACAGAACCACGUGCUGCCUUGAAUCUUGCAUCAUAUGGAAGUAGUCAUGCUUUCAAACUAACUAAGGAAGAUAUUGUUUUGUAUUCGGCCAAGGAUAGAGAACAAACAAGCAAACAAGAAAGAAAGUUUUGAUUUUUGCAUCUGGGGUGAACACUUUUUAUGCUUCCUUAUUCCAACUGGUUUGUUAGAGUCCGUUUCACAUUGUGGCAUGCAUAACAUUCUUUUGAGUUCUGAGAAUCUUGAGUUGUUGUAGUGAGUUCUUAGUUCAUCAAAAAAGAAUGGCAGGAGGUGCACCACAACCAAAGCAAGAUGAGCAGCCACAUCUAGUUAAAGAUCAGUUACCACAUGUUUCUUACUGCAUUACAAGUCCUCCUCCAUGGAGUAAGUUUAAAUGAUUUACUUGAUGUCAUCUGGAAUUAAUAGACUUCUGCUUAUCUUUGUUAAUGUUUUAUUGAUUUCUACUAAUCUGAUUCGACUAGUACAUUGAAAAAUCAAUAUGCUUUGGUAUUGAAUAUGAUAAUUGAGUUGUGAAAUUCUGAUGUGAAUGAAGCUGAGGCAAUCCUACUUGGUUUCCAACAUUAUCUGGUGAUGCUUGCCACAACUGUUCUAAUUUCUAGCUCUGAUUCCUAAUUCCUUGCUCUGAUUCCUAUCUGGUGAUGCUUGGUCUAGGAACAUUAGAAUAAUCAUAAUCUGCAAUGCCAUUGGUGAUAGAAACGGACGUUCGAGGACAAAUAUUUCAGACUUUUAUGUAAUUAGAUAUUGAAAUAUUGAAGUUGUUGUUUUAUUUUACUUUUGAAAGAAAAAUAGUAAUAGUUUUGUAGAACAAUACCAUGUGGAAUUAUGUUUGGAACUAUUGACAUUGAGAAUUUUUUUUAUAUAUAGAAUUAUGUCUUAUAUUGA